AUGUCCAUUUGCGCUGCACUGCCAGACGAACGAUUCGGUCGUGUUGGCUUUAGUCAGCGUCUGUCAUCAUAUCUAUUGUGUCAUCAACUGAUCUCGAGCAUGGGAACUACAUCAAGGCGAACCAACAGCCAUGGAGCUAACGAUGGAGAGAUCGAGUCAAGACCCAACUAUGAGCCCACGGGCCCUCGCUUCCAGAGCAACAACUUACCGUUCGCCGGAAGGCUCGGUGCCAAUCAGGCGUGUGUGAUUGAUGGCGAAACAAGUGAAGAUGAGAGGUUAUUAGAGCACCAGCCUGAUGCAACACCACAUAUGUCAUUUAGUGAAUUGGUCGACCUGCGUCCCAUCACUAAUCUUGAUUUGUGGAAGGCAGCAGUGAUCGAAGGAAUCGGUAGCUUGUUCAUUUCAGCUCCAUGA